UAUAUCACUGUUAUUUCAUUACAAUGUGCUCGCGUUCGACCCUGUGCGACAUCUGCUUUCUGCAACCAUUUAAAAGAAAACAUCGUCGAACUGUAUGAUCUAGUCGCCAUAUAUGUAAAUAUCUAAGUGACUUUUUGUUUUCUGGUCUCAUCCAUGGAAGCGAAGAGGAUGCCCGACCACAGCUGGAGUCUGAACAACACACCGCGUAUGGCAGUAUCGCAUAACCAAAACGCCCGAUGGAUUUAUGAUCCAGCAGAAACACAGUUAGUUUCGGUUCGAGCUGCGAGGGCAGCCGGCUCCUUGGCACGGGGACUCCCGGCUCUGUGAAAGGCCUCAUUGUUGCGGGGCAGCUGGCGCUCUCACGCUCCCAUUGGUGCCCGAGCUGGUGCCGGUGAUUUCAUUGUGUCUUGCGGUGUGUUUCUCACCGAGGGCGGGGCGCAGCAUGACUAAUUGAUGGCGAUAAAUUGGUGGGUUCCCUCAUGUAGACGAGAAUAUUCCUUCUCUUGCGCGCUGAGGCUCCCGGUACAUUCAUACCGGAGGGAUUCUGGUGGCAGAUGGUGUCUGAGAUUGUCUCCUUCUAACCUAAAUCUGUGGACCACCACAAGGACAAUGACUAGUUUGGCAAAACAGCUUCCUUCAUAUUGCAUAAACAAUGUGUAUAUUGAGGCUCUGUGACCAAAAAACAUUAAUUUAACACAUCAUUUGCAACUUAAACUCUGACUUUUUUAGUGGACUCACAAGGAGUGCCAUGCUACUAACAUAAUAAUAAUAAUAAAACUUGUAUUUACUGAGGAAUAAGAAGACAAGGAAAGUUUUUCACUACUAAAUAAUUCAUUUAUUUCACUGUUUUAAAGUUGCAACUGUUGUUGAAUUUAAUAUCAAGUGAAUUUAUAUCAUAAUUUAUUAGGUUUUGUUGAUAUAUGUCCACUUCAAAAUUAGCAGGCGGUUGUCGGUGAUGAAAAAUGUACUUAUAAUAAGAAAUAAAGUGACAAGAAGUGGCAACAUUUUGGCGUGAGUGAUCAGUAAUUACAUGGUUUCAAUAACUGCCGACGAAUUGACCCUCUGGGUGCAAGCUGCGACCGCAAUUGUUGCUUCUGCAGAACACAAUGGGUGCAGUGUGUUUCCUUUCCUUCCCUCCAGCAGGUGUGUCGGUGUUGCUCAGGGGUGAGGAGGAAGAGGAGGAGAUGGGCUGCACCUCCGCCAAGCAGGUUUCUGCCGUGCCCAGCAGCGAGGAGGAGCAGAGCAAAGCCUACAGCAAUGGAGAUCUGCUCUCAGACGAGUACAAGAUGAAGGAAGUGGAGAAAGUCAAGUACAUCAGUGGAGAAGAGGGAGGAGUGGACAGCCAGGACAGCACGGAGAAAAGUGCUCUUCUGGGUAAAGGUCCGCUCAUGGAAAGUGGAUCGGACGGCAAUGGGAAGAUUCUGAGCAUCCACUCGUCUGAGAGUCAGCAGGAGUUCUUCAGGAUGCUGGAUGAGAAAAUUGAAAAGGGCCGGGACUACUGCUCUGAGGAGGAAGACAUGACAUAACGCUACAGAAGACGCCAUAUUCAAACCGGACUGACAGAUUUGUAUCAAGCACCUUUCCCCUGCUCGCAGCUUCAAAUGAGAAACUCCAGUUCAAGUUUACUUCCUUUAAAAGCCAUUGACAGGACGACUGAGAGGCCCGUCUCCUGCGUCAACAGUAAAACAGACUGUCCAUCACUGUGAAUGUUUCAGAGUCUCUGAAAUGUCAGCAGGCUUGGACUCUUCCUGUUUUCUACUGUGUUUGUUCGUACACUGUUUAUGUUCAAAAGGCUCAGGGUUUAUGUGUUUUCAUCGUCCUUGUCGCCCGUGCACACCUUGACUGUCGCACUCUCACGCUUCAUCUUGGCCGGAUUCACACCUAAGUCUUAAUCUGUGUUCACUCACCAGUAUUUAAGUCCAUUUUUGUUGUUCUUUUUUUAAAGAAAAUAAAGUGUUCUAAGUGACACGUUGUUGUG